AUAAUAAAUUUUUGUCACCGGCCCUUAACCUAAAAAAAUACAAGAUAAAAAUGACUGGAAGCAGUACCAUGACGGAGCCACUAGUCUCUACUGAAAAGGCGUCAAACAAUCCACUGGAGCAAUUCGUCCUUUUGGCAAAGUCAGCAAAAGGUGCAGCAGCGCUCCAGCUGGUCAAGCAGGCAAUGGAGGCUCCAGGAGUGAAUGUCUUCGGAGAGUUGCUGGACAUGCCAAACAUAAUAGAGCUGAAGAACGGGCCACACAGCGCGUACUGGAACACUUUGAAUUUGUUCGCGUAUGGAACUUACAAAGAGUACCUGGAGAACAAGGACAACUUGCUGGAGCUUACUCCGACCCAGAAGAAGAAGCUCCAGCACUUGACCAUCGUUACAUUGGCUGAAAAGUCUAAGUGCAUUCCGUACUCGGUUCUGCUUACGGAGCUCGGGAUUGACAAUGUAAGAGAGCUCGAGGACCUUAUUAUUGAAGCUGUCUACGCGGAUAUUAUUAAUGGCAAGCUGGAUCACAAGAACUCCCAGCUGGAAGUCGACUAUGCUGGACUCGGGCGCGAUGUUAAGCCUGGAGAGACUGGAGCUGUCAUGCAGACUCUUGAAGCUUGGGGCGAAACUUGUGAAACUGUCUUGGCUUGCAUUGAACAGCAAGUUAACAGUGCUAAUAUCAACAAGCGCAAUGCUACUAGUCAUAAGGAACGCAUUCAACAAGAUAUCACAAAUAUUAAAAAAUCCUUGCUGGCUCAAGCUGGAGGUGGAGGUGUCCAAGAAGCAGACGUAGCUGGUGGCAGUUCUGCUGCUGGAAGUGAAUCCACCCGAGAAGCUAUGUCUAUUUCAACAGACUUAAAAAAAAAGCCCCCCAAGUCAAAAGGCAUCCGUGACCGUAGUAAGUUCUGGAAGACCUAACUCAUUUUUUUUUCUUAAAAUAUAUUAUCGCUGAUAUUAAUUAGCGUCUCUACUGAUAAGUUAUUUUUAACAAGUAAUUUUCUUUAAAACAACUUUUUCCAUUUAAUUUCGUAAAUUCAUUAGUAUAAAUAUUUAAAGAUGUAUUUAUAACAAUAUUAAUAAAAUAAUGUCAUUUAUUAUGAAA